AUGGAGACAAUUCGCGAUUCAGCUUUCGGCAAGUUAGUUCGUUUCUUUAGCGGUUACAGGGUCUUUCUGUACCCAGAAGAAAUGGAUGGUUUGACUUGGCGGAAAUACCUACAAACGCCAGAUGCCUACCUGGAAGAAGCAAUGACGGAGACUAGUAGCGAAGGCUUUUACGAGCAGCAUACCUUGUACACGGUUAUGUCGCAGUGCAGGCGGCGGCAAAGGCUCCCUCUGAAAAGUGUUUUGGCAGGUCCAUGGCGUGUGAUACAUGAUAAAUCGCCUGAAUUUGGUGUGAGUAGCGAAGCUGGAAUUCUUGGUCUGACACUAUUUGUGGAUGUCCUCUUUGAAGCGCUCGUGCCCUCUCCAAUUGUCUUUGAAGAAAAACACGGCUUGAUUCCAGGAGAAACUGGCCUGGCAUUCCUGGGUAUCAUAAUAGGGGCAGUAUACAUUGCUCUUCCAGUACACUUCUAUUGGAAAUAUCGCUGGCAGUCCAAACACAUCAACCCAGUCGGCCACCUUUCCCCGGAAGAACACCUCCCUCCAGCAUGCUUUGGAGCUGUGUGUCUACCAAUAUCCCUUUUCUGGUUUGGAUGGACCGGAAACUUUGCAGGCAUCCACUGGAUUGGCCGAUCAUUGCUUCGAUGUUAUUUUCUUUUCAUUUCCUGCUACGAGGCACAGGCGUAUUCGAAAUAUGCAGCCUCGGUGCUUGCCGGAAAUGACUUCUUAAGAUCAUCUUUCGGAGGCGGCUUUCCCUUGUUCGCGACGCAAAUAUUCCAUAAUCUGGGCGUCGGUUGGGCUUGUACAUUGCUUGGUUGUUUGACCGUGGUAUUUGAGGCAUACCCUUUCUUGCUGUACACAUUCGGAGAACGAAUCCGGAUGAGGAGCAAGUAG